UUUUUCAGGAGACACCCAGUUUCGGGCACAAGGUGAUGACUCAUCUGAUUCCAGGGUUUUUGCCUUCGAAAACGCCCUUGUUGCGCUGUCGUUCACGCUGACUUUGGCAGCUGAUUUCACCCGUUUCGCAUGUUUGGUUGUCCAAAAAACCUCCACUCCCGUCUACUGUGGGCGAGCCGAUCUCGGGCUGGCUCCGCACAACGGCUCUCUGCAGUUAAUGACUCGUGGCGAUGGAUUCGCAGGAUUCCACCUGCUCUCUUCCUCAGCGACGUGCAAAGAGUAGCAAGAGCGAAAGUGCCUCCCUCUUGACGGGCUCUGUCAAGCCGAGUUCUAUGAUGACCGUCAGUUCAUCCUUCCAACCGACUUGUUUCUCAGUUUAAGAGAAACGGCAGUGUUGGCAUAAUCGGACGGCUACAAAGGUGCCCAAAUUAUUUUAUUUAGGAUAAAGUUGACAUUCUUUCCUCGAAGUUAAUAGACCUCCUGUUUUCUCCGCGUGCACAGACGACCCCCGUAUUUUAUAAGGACCUAUUUCUUAGUUGAGUUAUUGCGAACGGUCCAUGGCACCUUGAAUCUGAAAUGGCCAUUUCUGGCUUAUUAGCCGUCGUCGGCCAACCGCACCCAGCCCCAGUUUUCGCAGCCCCUGAGACUCGAUCCCGCGACCUGUUGGUUAGAAGUCCAACAGGUGACGAUGAUGGGGGGAACUGAUUUGACUGCUGCGUCUGUUUAUAUGGCGGCCACUGUUAUCCGCCUUCUACUUCAUCUUUUCCUUGCAGAUUAGUUAUGCGGAUAUACUGAAGAAGGUGGAGCCUCUGCGUAAUGAACUAAAGGCCCUAGAGGAGGCCGCCGGUGUGAACGAGAAGAAAGCAGAAGACGUGGAAACCACAAUUGCGGCUCUGGAGAAGAGUAUCGCUCGUUACAAGGAUGAGUACGCCGUGCUCAUCAGUCAGGCACAAUCCAUCAAGGCGGACUUGGCCUCCGUGGAGGCGAAGGUUAGUCGGAUUCCGUCUCUUUGCCUGUCUUGGCCGUUGACCGUUGCAUGAUUACAGGUCUAACGCGUCUAUCCUUUAUCCCUCCCCCCCCACAGGUGGAGCGUUCAGUGGCCUUGAUAAAGUCCCUUAGCAGCGAGAGGACCCGCUGGGAGGCUGGUUCUGAGACUUUCCGGUCACAGAUGGCCACCAUCAUCGGUGACUGCCUUCUCUCCUCUGCUUUCAUGGCCUACGGUGGCUACUUCGACCAAAGCCUCCGAUUGAGUCUUCUCUCCACCUGGGCAAUUCAUCUCAAAGCCGCGGAUAUUCAGUUCAGAGCGGACCUAGCCAGAGUCGAGGUAACCCCGCCACACUCCUGGCAGUUGUGUAUACGUUUUCUGGCCCCCGGGUCUGAUCGAUGCAUUCAGCUUUUGUGGUGUUUUUUUGCCUGGGGUGAGCCACCACCGAACCCUCCCAUUCAGUGA